AUCAAAUCAAUUAAAUAUUAAGCGUCUGACGGCCUGGAAUCAGGACUUUCCUCACAGGUGGCACCAUGCCGAGUACAGGCCCUGCCAGGCCCAGGCUCCUCCUCACCGUGCUGGUAGUUUGCACCCUGCCCCCGCCCUACCCUCUGCCUCCGGCCAGCGCACUACUCCAGCCCAUGGCUUCCCGUCCACCUGCCGUUCUGAUCGUCGGCUCCGGUAUCUCGGGGCUGGCAGCCGCCCACAAACUGCACGCCCGGGGCUUUCAGAACGUGAGGGUCCUGGAAGCCACAGGAAGAACCGGGGGCCGGAUCCGGAGCCGGAGAUACGGUAAGGGCUUCAUCGAGAUCGGCGCCCAGUGGAUUCAUGGCCCCUCGCCUGGUAACCCCGUCUUCCGGUUGGCGUCGGAGUAUUCCCUGCUGGGACCCGACGCCUUGACGAAGGAGAACCAGGAGGUGGACGUCGGGGGCCACCCGCCCCCAUUCUCGGUCUCCUACGGCAGCUCCGGCAAGAAGAUCAGCCCAGAAGUGGUGGGGAACGUCAUGGAGAUGUAUUCUUCCUGGCUGGAACAAACUCGCAAUUUCACCCACACCGGCUGUGACCCGAAAGCCAGUGUCGGGGGCUUCAUACAACGGGAAAUCGCCCUCAGGGCCAAGGAAUGGGACUCGGGGGCCGCAGGGACGACGCUGGCUUUGUUGAGUGGCCUACUGAAGCUUGAGUGCUGCAUCAGUGGCACUCACAGCAUGGACGACGUGGCUCUCUGUCCCUUUGGAGAGUACACGGUCCUCCCAGGUCUGGAUUGUACCUUCCCUGGGGGAUAUGAAAGUCUCGUGAACCAAAUUAAGUCGACGCUUCCUGAUGACAGCAUCCUAUUAAACAAAGCGGUGAAGACCGUUCACUGGAAUGGAUCAUACCAAAAUGGAUCGUACCAAACCCACAACUCGCGAUCGUUCCCAGUGAUGGUGGAGUGUGAAGACGGGGAGACCUUUGUGGCCGAUCAUGUCAUUGUCACUGUCCCAUUAGGGUUCCUGAAGGAGCGAACCGCAAGCUUCCUGUCCCCCAAACUUCCACCCAAUAAAGUCAAGGCAAUUCAGAACAUGGGAUUUGGAACCAACAAUAAAGUCUUUCUAGAGUUUAAGGAACCGUUUUGGGAGCCCGAUUGUGAAAUAAUCCAGCUAGUGUGGGAAGGCGAGUCUCCUCUUAAAGAGUCACCAAAAAACCUAAAGCAAGAUUGGGUGAAAAAGUUUGCGGGAUUUGUGGUUCUUCAGCCUCCAGAACUGGUUGGCCAUGUGCUGUGUGGCUUUAUCGCAGGAGAGGAGUCGGAGUAUAUGGAAACACUGACAGAUGAAGACAUUCUCUCUGCCAUGACCGCUGUGCUGAGACAGUUCACAGGGAACCCUCAGCUUCCUCCUCCGGUCCGCAUGCUUCGCACCAGAUGGCGUAGUGAGCCUUACACGCGUGGCUCCUACAGUUACGUGGCGGUGGGCAGCUCAGGAGAGGACGUGGACAUCCUUGCACGGCCUCUACCCUUAGAAGAAGACACAUCUAAGCCUCUGCAGGUCCUGUUUGCUGGAGAAGCCACUCACAGAAACUUCUACUCCACCACUCAUGGUGCCUUAUUGUCUGGCUGGAGAGAAGCAGACAGACUGACGAGGCAUUAUCCAGAACUUGUCCGCCCCCUUAACCGAUCCAAGCUCUAGGGAGACUAGAAAUGCUGCAAUUUGAUUUUUUUAAUAUUUUUUUCUGUGAAAGAUGAAUCGUUAUUGACUCCUGGAAUCCGCCGUACAUUUCUCUGACCUUUUAACGGAAGCUCAUUGCUGGAACGGGGCUUAGCUGCUCUACCUCUGAAUCACUGGGAUGGAACGAUUCAAAUUUCCCUUUACUUUUUAAUUCUUUUGAAGGUUUAACUACAUAAAACCAACACGCUUAACAUUUAUCCAGCUUCCCCCCCCCAGGAUCUGAUUUUUGUGUCACGUGACAAUUAAAUGUUCCCUGACGAAAUGGAAAUGAAUGACAACAGAAUAAAAGAAUAAAAA